CAUUGGGAGCCACGAGACAUGGUCUCCUACACUCUUGUGAUUCUGGAUCCAAACACUGCUGGUCCCACCCUCAUCCUGUCUGAAGACCUGACCAGUGUGAGACUAGGAGAGAGACAGCAGCUUCCUGAUAAUCCAGAGAGGUUUGAUAAAUACCUCUCUGUCCUGGGCUCUGAGGGCUUUAACUCAGGGACUCACAGCUGGGAUGUCGAGGUUGGAGACAGUACAGGCUGGGCAAUCGGCAUGUUAGCAGAGUCUGUCCAGAGGAAGGGAAGCAUACAGACUGGAUUAUGGAUCAUAUUGUUCCAUAAAGCUAAAUAUGCAGUGGGCUCACCACCAGCUCCACGCACUGAUGUCAUAGUGCAGAAGAAGGUCCAGAGGACCAGAGUGACUCUGGACUGGAACAGAGGAGAGCUGUUGUUCUCUGAUGCUGAUACUAACACACACAUACACACCUUCACACACUCCUUUACUGAGAAGAUGUUUCCAUUGAUUUUAACUGCUAAUGAAGUCAAAAUAUCACCUGGAAAUGUGUGUGACAGUGGAACAGAGCAGUUAAGAAGAUGAUUAUAUUCAUUUGGUUUUCA